AUGCCACCUGAGCUCUUGAGGGACGUGUUGAUGCGGAUUGAGGAGUCCGAGUGUGCAUGGCCUCAGAGGAAGAAUGUCGUUGCUUGUGCUGGUGUUUGUAGGAGCUGGAGAGAAAUCAUGAAGGAACUUGUUAGAACCCUGGAAGUCUCUAGCAAGUUAACUUUCCCCAUUUCCCUGAAGCAGCCUGGUCCGAGAAACACCCUAAUUCAGUGUUUCAUAAAGAGGGAUCGUAGUAACCAAACAUAUCGCCUUUACCUCAAUUUGAAUCAAGCUUCUAAUGAUGAUGGGAAAUUCCUACUUAUUGCUCGAAGAUGUAGAAGACCAACAUAUACAGAUUACAUAAUAUCUCUAAAUGCUGACAAUGUGUCAAAGGGAAGCAGCACCUACAUUGGGAAGUUGAGAUCUAAUUUUUUGGGAACCAAGUUUAUAAUCUAUGAUGGACAGCCACCAAAUGCUGAAGCCAGAGUCGCUAAAUCUCGUUCCACAAGGUUAAUUGGAAUGAGACAGGUCUCUCCCAGGGUCCCUGCUGGAAACUAUCCUGUGGCGCACAUUUCGUAUGAGUUGAACGUCUUGGGUUCAAGGGGUCCAAGGCGGAUGCAGUGUGUCAUGGAUGCUAUACCUGCUUCUGCUGUUGAACCAGGAGGAACGGAUCUGGUGGACAAGAGCUCGAGAAUGUUAUUCUCCAAUUUGGGAAAGUGGGAAAGGAUGUGUUCACCAUGGACUAUCAGUAUCCAAUAUCUGCUUUCCAGGCAUUUGCCAUUUGUCUCAGCAGCUUUGAUACCAAAAUUGCCUGCGAAUGACAUCAGGUUCAGCAUGGGAGGCAAUACGAGUGCUACAUGCAUACAAUACCAGCAAAUUUCAGUUGCUGCCCUUUUUUUUUUUUUUCCUUUUUAA